GUGGCGAAGGAUGUCACAGCUCAAUACGUGGAGGGCUGGGAUUGGAUCAUCCCGAUCCGGGAUCGCAACACGGGCAUGUGGGAUCAAGUGCACGUUGCUGUGACUGGGCCCGUGACCAUCAAGGACCCUCACUUCGUGGCUGUCUUUGCAUCCCAACGCGGCAAUGACUCGCACGCAGCUGCUGGGGAGAGCGAGCAUGCAGAUGAAACCCGUGCAACCGAGGAGUUGACUCAUCCUGCUGCUUCUGCUGCCGCUUCUGCUGCUGUUGCUGCUGGCGGAAAGAGCAGUGGAUGCGACCAUUCUUUAGCUCUGCACCACAGCACACCCACACACUCACCUCCUUCUUCCUCCUCUUCCCUCUCCUCCUCCUCCUCCACUACCGCCCCUCCCGCCCCUCCCUUCUGCCCCUCCUCUGCGUCUCUCCACUGCUCCCUCACGCUCACCAACUCCCUCCCCAUCCCCCUCCGCACGCGCUUGUCUCUCGAGCUCUCCUUCACUCGCGGCCCUGACAGGAGUGGUCAAGGGGAGCUUGGAUUGGGAGGCGCGAGGGGAUGGAGGGGUGGGAAAGGAGGGAGGGCGAGUGAGGACGGGGAGUGUGAGGGGGAGUGGGAGGAGGAGGAGGAGGAGGAGGAGGAGGAGGAGGAGGAGGAGGAGGAGGAGGAGGAGGAGGAGGAGGGGGAGGGGUUUGUGAUGGUGGAGGGAGUGAGGGAGGAGGAGGUGGAGGUACCAGCCAACAGCAACAUCACUCACACAUUCCAGCCACUACUCGUAUCUCACCCACACUUGUGGUGGCCUAAUGGCAUGGGUGCACAGCCACUGUAUGACGUCGCCAUCACCGCCUCUGUGCUGCACCCCUCCUGCCUCGCAUCCUUUGACCCCCUUGAAAAACCCCGCGACCUGGACCCAGUCGCAGCACCUUACAGCACACCCUCACUCUCAGCCUCUGAAACGACAGCUACAGUGCCAGCCAGUGAAAGCGUGGCCGCGAGAGCAGCAACGAGCAGUGCUGCAGCCCCAGGGGAGGGUGGAGAGCAAGGGGAGGAGAGGUGGAUACAGAGUGACGUGUGGAGCAGCAAGUUUGGGUUCCGACAGAUUGACAGCAACGUGGAUGAGGGCACUGGCGGCAGGGUCUUUUACAUCAACGGCUGCCCGCUCUUCAUACGCGGGACGAAUUGGAUUGUCUCUGACGCGAUGCUGCGCCUCUCAGCGGAGCGCUACUGGGCAGAGAUGAAACUUUUUGCAUGUGCCCGGGUGAACAUGAUUCGCGUGUGGGCCGGAGCUCUCAUGGAACGGCCUGAGUUCUACAACGCCUGUGACCAGCUGGGGAUCUUGGUGUGGCAGGAGUUUUGGAUAACGGGCGACUGUAACGGGCGCGGCCUUCCCCCAUCAGACCCCUCGUGGCCUUUGGACCAUUGCCUCUUCCUCGUCUGUGCGGCGGACAGUGUCCGCAUGCUGCGCAACCAUGCCAGCCUGGCGCUCUGGGUGGGCGGCAACGAGACCGUGCCUGCUGCCGACCUGAACGCCUCACUCAAGAGCAUGCUUCGCCCGUAUGAUGGUGCGUGGGAUGGUGUGGAGUGGUGUCUGGUGCAUGGGGUGAUUGGGGAUGGCGCUCUGGGUGGGCGGCGACGAGACCGUGCCUGCUGUCGACCUGAACGCCUCACUCAAGAGCAUGCUUCGCCCACCGUCCCUGCUGCACACCUCAAUGCCCGGCUUAAGGCUGUAUUGCAUCCCUGGGAUGGUGGGUGUGGUGGUGUGCGGGAUGAUGAGUGGAGUGGUGGGUGGACCCAAAUCCAGGCUGUCAAGUUCGCUAACCUUUCUCCUUCCCUCCUCCUCACCCCUUUCCUUCACCACUCCACCCCUCCUUCCACAGCCAAAUCAGACCCCGACCCGUCACUACUGCCGGACGGCACAAGGGCGUACAUAGAGGGCUCCCUAUGGGGUGGUUUUGCCGACAGCAAGGGCGGCUGGACGGACGGGCCCUAUGGCAUCCAGAACCCCGAAGAUUUCUUCUGCCCGGAUUACUACCCGUACGCGUUUAACCCUGAGAUCGGGUCUGUUGGGGUGCCCGAGGCAGAAAGUUUGCGCGAGUUUUUCCCAGAGAGUGAUUGGAGCCCCCCGGUGUUUGGGAAGGGGUGGGAGGAGUGUGGAGGGGAGUGUGUGGAGGAGGAGAGUGAGGGGUGGAAGGUGCAUACGUACAUACCGUAUGGCAUGGUGGGAACGGAUUCAGAUGGAGGGGUUGAGGUGGGUAGAGGAGGGGCAAGACGACAAGCAGGCAGGCAGCAGCAAGCAGGUGUGGUGCAGCAAGGAGCGGUUAUUGAGUUGGAGCAGGGGGGAGAAGGAGAGGAAGCGAGGAUGCAGGAGGCAGGAGAAAGCAGGGUGGAGUGGAAGCGGGGGUCAGUGCGAGUGAAGAAUCAGAUCCUCACGUAUGGCCCCGUGGAGGGACUGAUGACUUCUGUGCCAAGGCCCAGAUAG